CUUCUGUCUCAUCCUUAACAAUAUGCAGAAACGUAAGUUUAAGAGUAAGUCGUAGAAUUUAGUUUAUUUAGUCAACUGAUAUAUGUUUAUGUUUAUGCCUGUAGCUCCAGAAGUCAUAUUUUUUUUUUGUCUUGAAAACUAAACGUACUCGUUGUAAAACUGGUGCUGAUUGGGUUUCUCUGAAGAUUGUUGAUCCUUCCAUUGUGAACUUGAGUCCUUCUUUCUUUGUCAUUUCUCUAAAUAAAGUACAAUUUUUUGACCCAAGAAGAUUCAGUUUCUUGAGCUAUGAAAAAACAUGUGACGCAGAAAUUUGAGGCUUCCAGGUACUUAAUUCUUAUUGUAGCACUUAUAAUUCUUACUAUGAUGUUUCUAGUUUGUCUAACUCUUGGUUUAUGAUACUGCAAAAUAUGUUUAGAAUCUAAGUUCAUGACAGUCAGAACCUGUUGAGAAACUUUGCUCAGAUGCGGUUCAAGACUUGCUUGCUAAAGCCUCUUUCGGUUAUGGAAAACCAGUGCCUCCCCUUCAAAUGUUACAUGAAUAUGCUUUGAUUUGAUGCUUCACAAAGAAAAGAGAAAUCUUGAAUAUGGAAAGAAGCCAUAGAUAUUGUUCAGCAAGAAAAGUGAACCAAGGAUGAUGCUUGCUUUGUCAUGCGGUGGUCUCAUGAAUAUGGAAAGAAGCCAUAGAUGAGGUGGUCUCAUCAGUCCAUUACCGAUAACUGAAAAACUUGAGUCGCAAAGAAAUCUAUUGAGAAGAAGAGCUUUCCGAUGUCACAAGUCCCCAUGUACAAAAACUCCUGCAUCAAUGUCUGAUUGUAACUCAAAGGUCAGAUGAUUCUUAAGCAGCACCAGACAGGUUCAUCUACAGAGAGGAAUGUCGGAAAAUGAAGACAAUGGUCAUAAGGGGUGGUUGAUUCUGUUUGAAGGAAAGAUCUAGGUAUUAGGCAACAUGCUCUGGGAAGCGAACCAGUCUUACUUGAUGGUGACAACUCUUUUUGAAAAAUUUAGUUUCAGGUUCCAAACCAUUGGUGGGAGAUAGUGGAAUCUUCAAGAAUGAGGCAGAGCAGAGAACAUGAAUACAAUGAAACUCACCGGUCAAGUGCACCUGAACAACGCUGGUCGCUGAGUACAAUCCCCUGCUUCGGUUCUAGAUAGAUGUUUCCGGUUUGGCUUAACCGAACAGGCUAUAGAGGAAAUGGUCUUUAAUGAAUUUAAUUUCGAUGUAACUAACAAUACAUGUUUUAAGCGUUGAUUAACCGUUCAAAAAGUGAUGUGAAAUCCUACAAUUGUAAUAUGCGUACACUUAACAAAAACUUAAAUCAGCACUAUUUAUGUGAAGGGACAUGCAUUAAGGACCAAUUCCUUCACGCAUUAUCCAAUUCUUUCACACAAGGAGCAAUGUUACUCUCCAAACAUCAAGAACAAGAAGAAAAAGGUUUGUGAAAAAAAUCUAAGGCAAACAUGGUGGAGGGCAUACCAAAGAGAUGGAAGGUGCUAAGUGGCCAAAACAAAUGGCAAGGCCUGCUUGAUCCACUUGACCCGGAUCUUCGCCGCUACAUCAUUCACUAUGGUGAGAUGUCUCAGGUUGGUUAUGAUGCCUUUAACUGGGACCGUAAGUCCAAAUACGCCGGUGAUUGUUAUUACUCAAAGAACCAACUGUUUGCUCGAACCGGCUUCCUUAAAGCCAACCCUUUCAGGUACAAUGUGACUAAGUACAUCUACGCAACAGCUUCCAUAAAGUUACCAAUCUGUUUCAUCGUCAAGUCUUUGUCAAAGGAUGCAUCUCGCGUGCAGACUAACUGGAUGGGUUACAUUGCAGUUGCUACAGACCAGGGUAAAGCGAUGUUAGGAAGGAGAGACAUUGUUGUUGCAUGGAGAGGAACACUUCAGCCAUAUGAAUGGGCUAAUGAUUUUGACUUUCCGCUUGAGUCAGCUAUCUCGGUUUUCCCAGUAACUGACCCCAAAGAUAACCCUCGUAUUGGAAGUGGCUGGCUCGACAUCUAUACCGCUUCUGAUUCUCGCUCACCUUAUGACACGACUAGUGCACAAGAACAGGUACAAGGAGAGCUGAAGAGGUUGCUAGAACUUUACAAGAAUGAGGAAAUAAGCAUCACUUUCACAGGCCAUAGCUUGGGCGCAGUUAUGUCAGUUUUAUCAGCUGCAGAUCUUGUCUAUGGCAAAAAAAACAAGGUCAAUAUAAGUCUUCAAAAAAAGCAAGUUCCUAUCACAGUUUUUGCUUUCGGGAGUCCUCGGAUUGGAGACCAUAACUUCAAAAACAUCGUCGACUCACUCCAACCACUAAACAUCCUAAGAAUAGUAAAUGUUCCAGAUGUCGCACCACAUUAUCCACUCUUACUGUAUGCAGAAAUUGGCGAGGUGUUAGAGAUCAAUACUUUGAACUCAACAUACCUGAAACGGUCUCUGAACUUCAGGAACUACCAUAACCUGGAGACAUACCUGCACGGCAUAGCAGGGAUGCAAGAUACAGCCGGGGUAUUCAAGCUGGAGACUUCUCCAUUUGAACUACUUUGUACGAAAAAACAUUAA